CGGAAGUAUCCACAAAGUAGUUAAGGUGAAAAGACAAUACUCAAGCAGAAGACGUGUACACAUCUCCAAAAUGUCUAAAAUCGGCAGCCAGCUGCCCAAAGACCCCAUCUCUGCUGUUGGAGUGGUCACUUCACUCAUCAAAGCGCCUGAUGGUUAUUAUGUUGUUGCACAAACAACAGAUGGCUCUGACGCCGACCUGUGGAAGGACGGCUUAUUCAAAUCCAAGGUCACUCGCUACCUCUGCUUCUCCAGGAAAACUGGCCCUGAAGUUGUUGUGGAUAUGAAGGUGAUUGACAUCAAGGACCCACUACCAGAGUUCUUCACACCUGUGCAAGAAACAGAAGACACAAAGGAAGCUGCCACGAGGAAGAAGAGGCUCUGUGUAAAAAUGAGCCCUUUUGCAGCUGCUGAGACAGCUGUAUAUGACAUCCAGAUCACUACCAAGUCCAAGUACCACCUUGUUAACUACACCUGUAUAGGUGAGAUAAACAACAUGGGAAUAUGGUGUCAGAUGGGAGACGUUCCUCGCUGUCAGAAGUCUCAGGAGACCAGGACUCUGGAUGAUGUGCCGUUCGUAGUCUCUGAGAAGUUUUAUGAAAAGCCCCAAGAGAUGCAGCAAGUCAAUUUAAUGGGCAUUACGAUCAAAUCCCUGGCAGAGAUCGAGGAGGAAUUUUACUACAACUUUGGCACAGAGCGAAGCAUCGUUCAGUAACCCUCCACCCUUCUGCAGUCAACGGAGGUCGUUUGGGGUCAAACCAAAGAAAUGUUUGGGAAAUAUUGCACCAUUUAUAAGAAGCAUCUUUCCUUCAGAAAGUUCAUGAUGAGCAGCGAGAAGGAGCAGCAGCGCUUUGAGACGAGGGAGUUUAUACCCCCGACACCCCCCCCCCACCACCACCACC